GAUUUUCUCUCUGGUUCUAUUUUAACGGUGUAAGGUGUACUACGGUAAUUAAAGAGUAUUAAAUACGACGAGCGUGCGGUGCGAAAUGUAAAACGAUACGCGAAAUAACGACGACGCGUAAAUCAGCAAUAGUAAGAUCCUCGAUAUGUGUGUAUGCAUGUGUGUUUGGCGUGUUGUGGUAGUGGUAAUAACGGUGACGGUGUCGGCGUCGCCGUCGGAUGUAAGAGUUAGACACGCAUUUUAUGGUGGCACUACUGGCUGGGUCAAAUUAUUGGCGCGGUUCUUCUCCGAUGCUGGAAUAAAAGUAGGACGGAUAAGAUUCUCAUGGAUCUCGUCAUCAUCGGCUAUUACCACCAGCAAGGACAAGACGAACGAAUAAGGAAACGCGAUAUCUCUACGCAUAUAUGAAGAUCCAACCAGCCGAACCAGUUAUAAAAGGAGGAAAAAGUACAGUUGCUCGGCAACACGAUCAGUCGCGUACAGGAAAACCAUCCGAUUCGUCCUCUCUCCUGGUUAGACCCUGGCUGCUGCUGCUAUCGAAGAUAGAACGGACGGAUCGAGGAAGAAACAAGGCUCUGCGGUCGAACAUAGAAAAGAGGAAUGAUGUUGCUGUCGGCAUCGAUUUUGUCAUGGAUAACGUUUUUCCUUCUCGUUAAACAUCGCACAUUCUGCACUGCACAGUACGAGGGUGAGAAUCAGAAGCUGUUUGGAGACCGAUGCACCGUAGACGGUUCAUCUGGUGUCUGUACGCGUUUGGAGAACUGUGAUUCGGUUCGGAAUGAAUUAAUGCGGGGAAUUAUCCCGCGCGAAACGUGUGGAUACGAUAAAUUUCAUCCGAUUAUAUGCUGCCCGAACAGUUCAGGAGUCGUGACGGCGAACCUCACGGUCGCGUCUAUGGCGAAACCGAGCUUAACGUCUGAUCUAACGAGACGACCUGUCGGGGCCAAGGCGAAGGCAAAAUGCGAGGAGUAUUCGAAAUAUGUGCCAUACGUGACGCAUUUUUAUGCGUCUCUCAAUAUAACGGAUACCACGGCUCUUUGCAAGGACACGUUUCAGGCGGUGGUCAUCGGUGGUUCGCCGGCGAGACAAAAGGAAUUCCCGUACAUGGCUGCGAUCGGGUACGGUAAUCUCGAGAACGGAACUAUUCACUGGGAAUGCGGUGGCACCUUGAUCUCAGAAAGAUUCGUCGUUACCGCCGCUCAUUGUCUUUUCAACUUAAACUGGGGCGAAGCGACGUGGAUCCGACUGGGUGUCUUAGACCUCGAGAAGACGAACAAGACCGAGACGUACGAACCGCAAGAUAUUCGUAUCAUGGAAUUGAUAAAACAUCCCGAGUACAAACGGCCCUCCGAGUAUCACGACAUCGCGAUCCUGAGGUUGGAGAGAUCCGCGACGUUCAACGAUUGGGUCAGACCCACUUGUCUGCCGUAUUCUUUGCCACCGACCGGGAAAGCGGCGCCUACGCCUACCGCGAUGGGAUGGGGCCAGGUCGAGUGGGGGGGUGACCGAUCGAAUUAUCUGCUGAAAGUGUCGGUCUCGAUCAAAGACCAUGACGAGUGUAACGCAACCUUCACCGGCGGCAUCACGGAUGACAAACUCAGAUUCGGAAUCGUAGACGAUUGGCAGCUUUGCGCGGGUGACUUCGGAAAGGACACGUGCCAGGGAGACAGCGGCGGGCCGUUAAUCUUCGAGAACAACGAUUACGAUUGCAUGGAUACGUUGAUCGGUGUUACGAGCUUGGGAAAGUUUUGCGGCGGCAUCAGUCCUGGUGUAUACACGCGUAUUUAUCAUUACGUUCCCUGGAUAGAAGACAUCGUUUGGCCGGAUCCCUGAUCCAAAUGAUACAUAUCAAAUUACAUUUCUAUACCGUACAUGUACCUUCCUCUAUUUUUUACUACCGUCGUUCCGCUGUUUCGGAACGUCGUAUGUAGGUUCAAGUAUUAUGCGACCUAACGUAUAAAUCGAUCCACGGUCAUCCAGGCAAUUACCCGUGCGUCAGUGUAAUAAGGAAAACGCAUAAUGAAUACAUACCUUGUCCAUGA